UCGGUUUUAGUUUGUAACCCGGAUUUGUUUUUUUCUAAAUUGAUUUAUGACUUAUGAAAAGCGGUGUGCUACUGUUGCCUUUAUCCAUCAGUGUAUGUUGACCCAAACAAUAAAUGACUAUGAUUGCCGCCUAUUGUUUUAUACUACAUACCUUUGUUAUGAGAUAUGCAAAAGGAGAUCAACUGAGUCUUGUAGUGAGUGCUGGUCAAUCAAAAUGGAAAGAAGCUUUUGGUUCCUGUAACGAUUCAAUCUACUGGCAUCAGCUGUCUAAUUACUGUCAGCCUGAUUCAUGUAAUGACUUUAAUUUCACAGAUACAAUCAUAAAUAAGCCGAAGUUCGGGAGGCAAGAGUAUUGGAUUUAUGGAUACGUAUUAAGAUCACCUGUCAUCGGAAACAUGGGAUGCUUCAGUUUGAAUACUAGUCUAAAGAGUGGAUUUCAUCGUGGAAACUUUUCGUUUGGAGACAAUUCCGCCACCAAAUGCUCAAGGGCCUGUCCGAAUAAAACAGAAUAUAUCUUUAUGAGGGAUAGAGAAUGUCUUUGUAUUCCUUUGGUCAAUUUUCACCAGCAUAACACAUAUAGUGAAGAAAAUACUGGUGCUUGCAAGAAUACUUGCGAUGGAAAUAGUAGAGACUUGUGUGGCAAUGCUACGUCUACUGAAGGAAAGGAGAUGUACAGUGUCUAUAAAAUAGUUAGCAGACGCAUUUCAAAAGUGGGGUUUGGAGACACUUGUACAAAGACGAUUUUGGACGAGAAGAGAAUUUACAAAUUUAUUUACACAACUUGUACUGCCGAACAGAAUUAUAUCUGCGAAAGAUUUGAUAAAUCUACUCAAACUUAUCCUGAAACCUGUCAUUAUGAAACUGUAUCAUGGAACACUGCUCAAGAAAGUUGCCAGGAACAGGGUUUGCAUCUUCGGUUACACACUAGCACUACGCCUACAUGUUUACAAGGACAUAAUUUCUGGAGUGGGGAUCAUAUCGUAGAUCAAAUUGUGUGGGCAAAUGAUACCUUACCGACAGAUGCUUUGUGUCUGAAGUUAGUAAUAACUGAAUCCGGUUCCAGUUUUGAGACUGAAAAUUGCAGCACUUCAUUGUAUUCAUUAUGUUCUAAGCAACAUCACACGUCUAGCAGUAAGAAUGAUGAGGCUUUCACAACACCAUCAACUCAGUCUUACAGUUCAACAGGUCGUACAACGUACGGAAGUUCAUUUCACACAAAGUCAGAUUCAGUUGAACAAAACACAAAACAGUUUGGUCGUAUAACAAUAAGGAGUCCUGUAAACGCAGAGUCUGGUUCAGAUGAGGAUAAAACAGAUUUCAUUCCAUUAGUUGCUGGGAGCGUUGGAGGAUUUGUAGCAAUUGUGAUUGUUGUAAUAGUUGUGUGUAUCAUUCAGAGAAGGAAAAAAUCCAACCACAGGAACUUAAAUACAGCUGUUGAUCAUGCAGAGCCUGAAACUUACUCAGAACCAAUCAAGAAUACCGUUCCAGAAGAAAGUAGGAAAUUAGUAGUCGAGAAUACAAUUCCAGAAGAAAAUUUGAAAUUAGUAAACGUUACAGAAGAAGGAAUCUAUAAUCAUUUGGGAGACUCAGAAAAAAUGAUCGAGAUGAAACCACAAGAUUCAUCAAUAUAUGAUGUAACGGGAGAUGAUGAAUACCACGUGUUUACAGGGAAUGGAAAACAGACAACAAAAGACGAUGAUGACCUGUAUGAUCGUGGAGGAGCAGCAAGUGAUGUUUACAACACAUUAAAUGACACAGUAACACCAAACAGACCAGAGUCAGACACGUACAAUGUAAUCAAUGCAAAAUGAUGUGAACUAGCAUUACGGUUGCCUGGUCUUCUUGGUUGACCGUGUACGAUUUCAAAAGAACCACAUUCCUGCAUGAACAAUGGAGAUGUCUAUUCUUCAUUUAAGUUCAUACGGCUUUAAAGCUUUAUAAAUCAUUCCUCUUUUAAUCUUUUUAACUGAUAUGUGUAAGAUAAAUCUUUUUAUUUUAUAGAAGAUAUAUAAAUGGCAAUAAGUAUUAAUUAAAGGAGAUGUACAUGUUGGCAGAGACCGGGAACAAAUGAAAAGGUGUACUGUAUAUGUUUAGUUCAUUUUAUGCAAAUGCACCCCAUAAAUAUUUUCUUUUUACUUUCUUUAUUAUUUUAUACAUUUCAAAUUUUUUUUAUUUAUUUUUUACUAUAGCAUAUAGAUUUCACAAUUUUGAAAAUGUAUAUAGAAAAUUGUGAAAAAAACUGUUUCAUUGUUAUUUUCUGUGAAAUUAUGAUGUUAACUGGAUGAAAAUAAAUAUCAUAUCU